AUGCAAUGUAUUUUGAAAUAAUUAUAGGAAAAUACGUGGAAUUAAUGGCUUGAUUGUAAAUUUUUAAGGAGUAAUAUUAAAUUAAUCAGAAGAAUUAGAAUGCAAAUGAUAAUUAUAAGAGUAAAUUUGCUUAGUCAAAUUAAGAUAAUAAAAAUGUAGAUAUAGCAGGAAGUAUAUUAAACUUUAUUACAAAUUUCAUCUUAAUACUACUUUUGUAGUUAUACAGAAGAAGAAUAAAAAUAUUAGCUAAUAAAAUUGAUGAAAAUAGUAUAUAGAAUCAGAUUAUUCUAUAAUUGUUGA